AUGCUGGGCGCGCGGCUCAAGUCAUGGAUGGAAGCGCAGCUGGGGCGGGCGAAGAAGCGUAAACAAAAACAAACUCGUCAAGCUCCCACCACCGCUACCACCGGACCACUUCCAGCCCCUCACUUAUCAUCUCCUGAGAGCGCAUAUAGUACUGGCUACUCCACUGAUGGGACAUCUCCAGGCGCGCCGCCCGCGUCCCUCGCCGCUCCGCUCGUCGCUCCGCCGCCGCCUCCUGCACCCCCAACCACACACCUUUAUCACGAGCCUGCGAAGAGACGCUCAAUUCCAUUAGUACGUCACUGUGCCCCUGAGCCAGUGGUAUGCUCGACGCCGUCUCCACGGCCGCGCUGCCGCAUCCGCACGAAUCCAUGGCUGGGGGCCACCUCACCCAAUGCUCGACGAAAGACUCCGUUCCUUCCCCAACAGUCUCUGCCUUGCCCUCAACCUCAGCCUCUGUUACUACAUGCACCAUACUCUUUAGAUUCGCAGACGAUAUAUGGAUCACCUAAUUUAUCGCCACGUUUGUCUCCGGAUCGUUAUCAUUCACCAUAUUAUCGCGGUGGAGUUUCGAGUGACGAGGAAUGCCGUGACGUAAGGACUCGUGGCAGGGAGACGGCGAUAUUGUCCGAUGUCGACGUCGAUUCAGAUGGUGACACGGGGUUAGACGGUGGGGACGAAGAUGAGACCGACUGUAAUGUGACGCCGGGAAGGCGGCGGGCUAGGAGGAGAAGACCGCCUCGUAGGCCUCCCCGUUCUGCAGGAGCUACCCCGCCUCGAGCUCGACGUCGUAACCCGGCACCGUCUGCACCGCCAGUCCGGGAACGCGACCCACUUCUGGAAGCGGAUAGAGAAGCGGAGAGAAAGUACCGUGAGCUUAUUCGGGAAGCGGAGAAGCUUCUGGUGACAGUGUCAAGAGCUCCGCUCGAGCCGCCUCAUAAUCCACGUAUUAGAGAACUACGAGCCACGGAGACGGAAGCCCCGCGUCGCAGUCCUGAACGUACGCACGUGACAAACUUCAUCCGCGCGAAUUCGCCAGAGGCUCCGCGGCGCGCAUCUCUGGUGGCACGUCGUUCCCCCCCUUGCCGCACCCCCGCCCCCUUGCAUGCCGUCAUACCUCGCCAACGAACGCCCGCACUCCGAGCCCCCUAA